AUGCAUGACGGCCCCCAGGAGCCCAGCACAGCCCCACCUGCUGCCCUGCUGGUUGCUGGACAAGCCAAAAUUAAGCAUGCCCAUGCUGCUGCAGCUACAGUUUCUGUGCCCCCGAAGGUAAAUGAUGCUGUGAAGCAAGGCCACUAUGUGCCAUACUCCGCCCUCACUGGUCCUGCCCGCUCUAAGGCUACUUGCGGUGAAGAGGACUUUGUUGCGAACUCAGCUGGUGGUUUCACCCUGCACGGUCUCGACUGCUCCUCAGAAAAAGCUAUCAUGCUGACUGAUUAG